GUAGUUCAUCUUUAUCCGGGCUCUACUACCCAGCCUGCCGUCAGCUUGAAUCCUCGCGGAAGUACUGACGUGUUCACAUCAGUUUCCUCGAGAAGUGGCUAGUUUAGCUAGCUGAGAGCCGGGUAGUGACACAGCGGCCGAUUCAGAUGUUACAGUUUGGGAAGGUGUCUUGUUCAAGUGGUAUCCCAAAUUCAGGGUAAUAAGAAUGUCAGAAGGGGACAGUGCUGGGGAGUCAAUCCAUGGGAAAACGUCUGUAGUCGGUGCCUUUUUCACACGGGUCGGACAGGUCUAUCAGUCAUGGCUAGACAAGUCAACGCCAUUCCACCUAGGGCGAUGGGGAGGCACUCUACUACUUACUGCCAUCUACAUGAUCAGAGUGUACAUACUACAGGGUUGGUAUAUAGUAACAUAUGCUUUGGGAAUCUACCAUCUCAACCUGUUCAUUGCUUUUCUAUCGCCAAAAGUGGAUCCUUCAAUGCUUGACGAAGAUGAGGGCCCAUCCCUUCCCACCAAGCAGAACGAGGAGUUCCGCCCUUUCAUCAGGAGGUUGCCUGAAUUCAAAUUCUGGCAUUCGGCGACAAAAGGCAUCGUCAUCGCCAUGAUUUGCACAUUUUUUGAAGCCUUCAACGUGCCAGUGUUCUGGCCUAUACUUGUUAUGUACUUCAUCAUGCUCUUCUGCAUCACCAUGAAGAGGCAGAUCAAGCAUAUGGUCAAGUACAGAUACCUGCCCUUCACACACGGGAAGAGGACAUACAAAGGCAAGGACGAGACAGGGAAACCUUUUGCUAGUUAAAACCUCCCUCAUACCCUUCCUCUCCCUCUCAUUUUAAAUUAAUUGGUCACAGCCAGUGGGAAAUGACAAAGGGUUGUUAGGGAUUUCUUUUCUUUUUUUAUGAGCGGGACAUUAACAUGGAAACAUAACACAAAAUACAAGUUUUCAUAUGAGCAGCAUGGCUCAAGUUAGUCUUUGUAUAUUGAGGGAUAGAUAUUUCUUCUUUUUCUUUCGAGGACCCAGAUCCUCAUAUUUAGGAUAGGUCUGCAUUUGUUCAGUAGUUGGUGAGACUCAGUACUGCCUUUUGCCUUUGAAACCCCAUGGGGUAAGUAUAAAGUCACCAAGAAGGAACCACACUGAAAGAAGUUGCAGUGAAAUUAGUGUAUUUUUAUUUUUUGUUAUUCUUUUCAAUAAUAAUGAUUCCAGUACAUCUCCUUAUCACAAGUGAAAUAAAUCUGCCAACUUUUGAUUAAUAUAUUGGUACCUUCUUAUUUGUAACAAGUUAAAUAUUGAAAGUCUUUAUUGUUAGAAAGAUAACAUGAGUGUGUGAGUAAUCUGAAGGGAAAGCUAUGGUCUUCAAGUUAAAAUAACUUCAUCUAUCGUUAUACAAGUGUGCUGCUCCAACUCACAAGUGUCUUCACCAGUUGUCCUCUACCCAUGCAGACACUUUGGAGCAUUAGUCACACUUCGCUUGAAUAUGCGUUCAUGAUAAGGCAGAAAAGCACCGAUCAAAAUUCAUCUCUUGGUCAAUUACACAAAUAAACCUAAAUGUGUCUAUCUUGAAUUUGCAACAAUUCUGUGUAUUACCUGAUUCUCACAUAGCCAGUAGAGCAAAAAAUGGAAGAUUAACAGGGACUUCCUUCAAAUAUUCAGCCACAUCAUUGAAUGCAUAAUUCAAAGUGAAUGUCACCAGUCCCAACCCAUUUAGCCUCCUGUAGCCUGUAGUCUACAUUUUUUUAAAUCAGUUCCGUCUACUUUAGCGCUGUUGUAGAGUUUAACAGAUGACCAUACUACUGUAUGUCGUUGAGCACCCCUAUGGAAUUAUUUUGUAUUUAUCUUGAAAUGGCAAGUCAUUCUCAGUCAGAUCUUAACACUAAAUGUGCAUAAUUAUUCAAAAUAUACACAUUUCUUCUUAGUGCACAACAAGUAUUGAAGUCCAUUUUAUAACGAGGUCUAAUCUGAGAAAAUAGUCAAAGCAAUUACAUGUUUAUCCCAACGCCCCUUUCUCUUUGAAACAUUUAUCUGGGUUUCAAAGCCUGGGGUAAAUUCAAUGUAUGUAGACUAGCUGUUGUAGUCAUUCAUAAUCUGUGUUUAAUUUAAAACAAAUGUGGUAAAUGUAGUCAUUCCAAGCAAACUUUUGUUCUCUUUCUUUUGCAGAGGAAACAUAAGAAAACAGAGAUUGAGAGCUUUUAUUAUAACAUGGAUGAAGUGGGUGGUGAUCUGACCUUUUUUUUUUUUCUUCUAUAAAUCUGUUGAUUUUCUUUUUCUCCAUUUUUCUCCUGACUGCUGGGGAUUAUCUGUCAUUAUUAAACUUUGAUCAGAACUGUAGUAAGGGAUCAAAACAUUUGUGUAAAAAGUCUGUGUUUCAAAGGGUUGUCUGGAGGAUUUGUAUAUAUAUAUAUUUUAAAAUAUGAAAUUUUUUUGAGAUUAUUUUUAUUUUCGUUUUUCUUCCAACUACCAUACUGUUUCCAAAUGUUUAAAUCCGUUUAAGUUGAAAUUGAUAAAGCAGAACAGGUUAAUUGGGUUCUAGAUUUGAUGAAUUAAAUAUGUUUCUCAUGGAUUGCAUGUUAUUGUUUUCUUGUGCUACAGUUAUAAACAACAACUUGAUUUUAAUAACUUAAGUGUAAUUUUUUUCACUCCAAAUGCUAUUAAAGAGGCUGUGUCCCUUCAAACCUCA